AUGGGAGCAUUCGCAUUUCUCUCUGUAGACCGUAUCAUCGACGUUGACUCAAUCAAGAUUCCCAGCAGAGUCAACAUGGUGGCGUUAAAACAUCGAAUCCGUGCUGUACAGGAACGUGACGGUUUCUGCACAUUUCUUGUGGAACGACCCAGUUCACUACACCAUUUAACUAAUCCCAGCUGUGUAGCGAUGAAAUCAAAAGAGCCAGCGACUGAUGUGGUUAUGGCAGACGAUGCCGUUGAAAUCGGUUGUCGUGAAGCGUUCAAACAUUUGCAAGUCAAGGAUCGAAAUCUAAGAAACCCUUCUGUUUACGGCGCUGCUGUGGCGAGUGUUGCAACACAAGAAACCUUACAAGCGGUCACUGCUGAAGAGAACGAGUCCGAUAAAAAUCCUAAGGAAAAGCCGAUUCCAAGUGAUGUCAAGCAGGGAACGCCACUGAGCAAGGCAAGCGAAAGUUCGUUGAGAAAACUCGUGACCAAGUUUAUUUCAAAGACGUUCCACACUGGUAGUCGAUGA